GGCUACAUAUACUACUGUCUGGUACCUACCCAGAUCCAAACCCACAAGAGCAAGCUCAGUCAUGGGGACGAUGAAGCGAUGCAUGGUUCCUGGCAUCCUGCUGAUGCUUGCGCUGCAGGCAGCCCUGCUGGUCGCCGGCGACGAGGUGGGCUCCAUUCUCCUGCCGAGCCAGGGCCAAGGCGAAGCAGCUGCCAUGGCGGCGGGCAAGAAGAGGCCGUGGAAGUGCUGCGACCAGGCGGUGUGCACCAGGUCCAUCCCGCCGAUCUGCACCUGCAUGGACCAGGUCUUCGAGUGCCCCAAAACCUGCAAGUCCUGCGGGCCGUCCAUGGGCGACCCAUCCCGCCGGAUCUGCCAGGAUCAGUACGUCGGCGACCCAGGGCCCAUCUGCCGGCCGUGGGAGUGCUGCGACAAGGCUAUCUGCACCAGGUCCAACCCGCCGACGUGCCGCUGCGUCGACGAGGUCAAAAAGUGUGCUCCGACGUGCAAGACCUGCCUGCCGUCCAGGUCGCGCCCUUCCCGUCGCGUCUGCAUCGACAGCUACUUUGGGCCCGUCCCGCCCCUAUGCACGCCCCGGGAGGACGUUGCCGCCGGCGGUAACUAGGUACCGCAUGCACGCGCGUUGGUCACCCGAUCAACGCCCGGCCGUCGAGUGUCCUCCUGCCCUGCUGCAGCACCAGCAGCGUGUAAGAAUAAAAUAAAAUGGAUGGCCGGCCUCCUAAUGCCAAUUAUGAGUAAGACAUCAUGGCAAUGUUUAAUCUUUA